ACACCCUCCUCCGGGCCUGACCCCUGUACCCCUCCACCGACGGGAGGAUGUGGAGGCACAGGAGUCGGGGACGCUAGGUAAAGGCAGCGAGGGGCAGGGGCCAAGCAGGCCGAGGCUGCGAGGAACCGAGGAACCACUGGGAUGUCUGACCUCAUUCUGGAGAAGAGGCACAAUGCCCCCGACCCUCCAAAUAAGCAUCCCUCCCACACCUCUCCCUCCCCAUCUCCCUGGCCCUUGUCCCCCGUCAGGGAGAAAGCACAUGAUUCUGAAGCCACAAAGACCUGGGUUCAAAUCACAGCUCGACCCCUCCGGGUCCUCGUGCAGGUCCGCACGCGGGUAAGCCGAUCACGUCUCCGCGCAUCCCUCGGCUCAGGGGUGCACCUGGGACAGCUAUGCUUGCUCACGGUGGCUUUCGUGAGACUGGAAGAAAGUCCCGGAUUUACAGAGAGUGCCUGGCAAAGGGCUCGGCACGAGGCGGGCGAUCACCGAGGCUAGUCCCCUUCCCUCUGCCUGUUCUGAUUUGUCUCAAGGCCCCAAACUCUAUUCCUCCGGCCUCUCCCUUUGUCCUCUCCCCUUGUCCCCUGCCCUUGUCCCCUCCCCGUGCCAGGACGCUCUGCCAGCCACUCCUUUCCCCUGCCCGCUGACAGACCAGGUGCUCCCUCCCUCCGCCCCCGCCCUCCCCUGGGCCCUGCUCCCUGCCCUCCUGGGCAGCCGAGGCAGCAAGGACGGCACUCGGGGAGUUGCCCAUGGACAGGUCCCCACAGAGACACCCCCGAGCCUCGCAGGGUAAGAGGCCCUACGGCCCUGCAGGCAGGUGGAAGGGGCUGCCAGGAGGUUCAGGAGAGGAACAGAUGGGACUGGCCACGAAGCCGGGCGGGGAGGUGGCGGAUAGAUUGGCAGGGGAACACGGAGGGGUGAGACGGGACGGGUCUUGAUGGAAACUGAAGGAGACAAGGGGAGGAGGAGCUGGGGGCGUAAGAGGAGGGGAAGCAGGAAAGGGGAGAAACAGGAAAUAGUGGAGGGGAAGGUGAGAGAGUGAGCGGAGGAGGCAGGUGGGGUGGGGGAGGCGAGAAGCGCACAGGCGGGGGCGCCAGGCCCAGGGAAGGGUCAGUGCCCGUGGGACGAGGCGCAGACGCUGCCGCACUGAGCUCCCUGAGGCAGCGGAGCCGGCUGGGACCCCCGGCCGCAGCGGCCGGAAGGCUGGCCACUCUACUUUCCACUCCUUCGCCAAUAAAGGAAGCCGUCCUGCCUUCAAGGAUGACAGACGAAGGUGGGGGGAUUUAGCAAGCUGCCCAUGCCCACUACUGGUCACCUUUCUCCCACUGGCCCAGAGGUUUCAUUGCAGAGAAUGUGGGGUGCCCAGCCCAGGCCGGCGGGGCACAGAGCAUCGGGCAGCCCUUAGAGACGCCCUCAGAGCAGACCCCACAGCCACAGGCUUGGUCAGCUGUGAGCACCCAGGCUCAGGAUGCACCGCCAGGCACAAGGGGGGCACCCCCAUAUCAGGACUGCUCUGAGGUGCAAGGCUGGAGGCCAGAGAGCCGGUGCCACGUCAGGGAGGAAGCGGGGUGGGGCCGGGCAGGAUCAGCAGGGAGGCGGGAGGUGCCCGAUGGGGCCACGCCCUCUCCGGGCUGCCCUCCCCGCACCCCACCCAGCAGAGCCCAGGCCUGGGAGCCCACUCGCCCUGCGCAGCCCAGUGGAGGUGCCUGCCGGUGGGGAGCAUCCCGGGGAAGCGGGCAGUGUGGGGUGGGGGUGGCCAGGACUGGCCGACAGAAGGAAAACAAGACCAAGGCAGAGGUUAGGGAAGCUCUGCUCCAGGGGGCCUGAGGCAGGGCUGCGCCCUUCUCUGGCCCUGUCCCCGGGGGGACCCGCUGUGUGGGUGGAGGAAAUGGACCAAGGCCUGGCGGGGGGGCCUCUCCAGGGGCUCCCCGGGUGGGUGUUGAGUGAAUGCUGAGCACACGAGCGGACGACGCCCCAAUGGUGCUCUAGCUAAGGGUCCCCCAUCGGCAGCGCCCCUCUGGAGCUCUGUGCCUCCCCGAGGGCCCCCCACAGCAACCCGCCUGCUCCCUACUGCCCGGCGCCAUACAGCGGGCCGGGCGCUCCCUGUCCCUCCAAACGUCCUCAACACCCUGCCCUCAGCCCCCACGCCCAGGUUCCCAGGUGCUCUGAGGCACAUGUAAGCAACCGAGAGGCUUCGCUCUGCUGGCAGCAUAUUCACGGGUCACCUGUAGCAGGCGGGACUACGGGAGGUUCUGGCAGUUCAAGAUGGACUCCGGCCCUGCCUCGGGGGGCUCACCGGCUAGCGGGACAGCCCCGUUUCACUGGUCACGACACCAUCCCAGCAGGCAGGAGACGCAGCGAGGGCGGGCGCCUGGUGUGUCGGCACCAGAGCACGGAGGAGUCAGGCACAGCCUCUCCGAGGAGGAGGAGGAGACGGAUCCGAAACUGGAGGGAUGAGGAGAGGGAGUGAGGGAGGAACAUUCCAGGCGGGAGAAAUACGGGCAAUCUGGAAGUCGCGAGGGGCCUGGUGCUUCUGAGGGGCUGGACGAGGAGCGGGGUGACUGAAGGGCAGAGAAGGAAGGAGAGGCCCCACCUCGUCCCCCGAAGCCGGGCUCCACGGGGAAGGGACGGGGCCUGCGAGCAGGGCCGUCUCUCUCGGUCCUCCAGGGUCUUCAGCUGUUGGCCCUGACGCCCUCUCUUCUCUCUCCAGAGCCACUGACUGCGAAGAAGCCCCGCAGCUGUGAGUAGAGCUCGGGGGUGAGAGCUGUGGCUGGGUGUGGAGCAAAGAUGCAGGGCCCAGCAAGGGCUGGGGGAGGCUCGUGGCACGCGGUGCACAGAGCUGGAAGAGCUGGGCAGAGGCGGGGGGCCGGGGGAGGUGGCCUGCAGAGAGAUGGAGCCGUGGAAACCCACGAGGUGGGGCGGCGAGAGGAGGGGGAGGGGUGGAGAGGCCUCGAGGUCGGGCAGUGGGAGGGGGUGAGGGAGCAGCCUGGAGCGCGAGGGAACACGGCAGAGCAACGGGACAAGGCGGCCGAGGUGCUGGACAGCGGCACCAGAGCCCGGUCCCUGGGGGGGGCGCGGAGCAGGGGCCAUGAGAAGCCGGGGGCGGCAGGGCGGCCUGCACCGCGCACUUUGUGGCCCCGGAGCCAGGUUUGGUGUUCAUCUGUGUGGUUAACACUCCGAGGUGUGAACGAGCUGAGCCUGGGGCCAGGCCCUGCAGGGCUGAGAGCGGGGAGCGCCUUCAUGGCUGCUGCAGGGGACGCGAUGGACAGGGACAGCCUGGGUCGAGGGGCCCCGGAAGACUGAGCCACAGUGUGCAAGGACGACGGGGCAGGGCUCGGGAAGGACUUCCCAGUGGACACUAGUGAGUCGGCACCCUCCAUAGGGCCUCUCGGCACCUCGGGUCUGCCCUCUUGGUUUGUGGGAGAGGCUGCUCCCCCAGAAGCGCAGCACCCCACCUCAGCCCCAGAGCCGAAAGUCCUCUCGUAGUCCCCGCACACAGGGGAAGGCCUCCGUGGCAGGGGUCCGGAGGCGGGGCCUGCCGGUUCCUCCUGAGAGCUCCCCGCCACCCUCCUGCCCCCACAUUGCCUGGAGCCUUGCCGUGGGGGGCAGAGGACGCACGGCGGGCAGCAGCGUCUCCCCCUCCCUGCACGGGGCGGACAGGGGCUGGGGGGCCAUCCAGGAUGCUGCCCUCAGGGUGGGGGCUUGCUCUGCUCAGCACAAUCCUGAUUGCGUCUAGCCUGCCCCUAGCCGCAGGGCCCCACGGAAAUGCUGAGCAGGCCCCUGGGAGGAAAGCGGGUCAAGGAGUGUGACGCGUGAGCUGGGGGAAGGGCGCGGGGGACACUAUGUGGGUGGGGGGUGAAGGGGGACUUUCGGAGCAGCUGGAACUGGAAGAGGCUGAACUCUCUUCCUACCCUUUAACCCCUCACCGCAGAGACCUGGUCCAGGGCCACACCUCCCGACGCCCUUCCCCACCCCCACCCAGGCCCUCCGCGUGUCUCCCGAGGACCCAGGCUGGCAGCCCCUGCCCCGCGCCACGGCCCAGCUCCCGGGAGUCGAGGAAGCCUGGCGGGGAAAGGCCUGGACCAGGCGGAGGAGCUGCUGCAGUCCAGGCAGAUCAGGGACCCUGGAGGUUUUCCCAGUGAAGCCAGGAGAGGUCAGAGCCUCCCCCGAGCCCUGACAGACGCUCCGAACAGAGACAACCCCAAGGAGAAAGGAACUGGGGAGGGACCCCCCAGAUCAGGAGGGGGCCUGACCCAGGCUCCCCGCAGAGCAGAGAUGAGGCUGAAAGUGCCUCUGAAAUUGAUUGGUCCCUCAGAAGGACCCCCCAGGCCGGGAAAAUAUAGAGACGCUCAGAGACCAGGAGCCCGCCCAGGCCGAGAUGCUCUCGAGGGCAGACUUGGACCAGAGAACCCUUCCCGCUCCUCAAAGGGAUCUAGGGCCGAACUGCCUGAGGUCGAAUCCUGACUCCACCACUCACGGCUGUGUGACCUCGGGCACGUUUCUUAGCCCAGUUACUCUGCGUCUGGCUUUCCCCAUCGCUGAGGGGGGCUAAGGGUACCUACCUCAUAAAGCAUUUUGUGAGGCUUAGGCCAUCCGCAUGAAACGUUAAGCACCAUGGCUGCCUCGGAGCUGGCAUCGGCGUCCUCGGCCACAGAGCUGCCGUCUAGGUUCAGCACUUUUGCUCCUGAGGACACUCUGGAUGGCCUGACCCCCUUCUGCAAAUGGUGGCAUUUGUCCCCGUUGUCACUGCUACAGCUGCCAUGUGUUCCCUAGCCCAGGGCCUCCACUGUGUCCGCAGGGCGGAGGGAGGGGGGGUGUGGCGGGCGCUGGGGUGGCCUCCCAGACUGCGCCUCGCUGGGCAUGGCCCUUGCCAGUCCACGGGGUCUCCAAUGGCACAUGCCACCGCCCCGGGCCGACAUCCUGCGACUUACCUCUAGAAACAUCCCUGGCCCUGGAGUCACCUGGCAAAGAGGGUCAGUCCCAGGGGUCCUCGGGGGGGAGGGGGACACUGGCCCGGCUCCUGUGAGCUCCCCUCUGGCUCCUCAGCCAGAGCCGCCCGUCAGGUGGAAGCGGCUUUGAGCGCCCGUGGCUGUCGCAUGUGGUUUUGGAAUUUUCCACCGCCCCCUGUGAUUGGCGGCCCCGCCCCUCACACCCUGCCCCAGGCCCAGACUGGCCACGUGGGGCGCCUGUCAUCCUUCCCACUACGCCCCAGAAGGGGUGGGGGGUGGUGGAGUGGGGGGUUGUCACUGGGCCACCUGUGUGGUGCGAGCUUAAACCCCCCCUGCCCAGAAGCAUUGGGGGAGAGCUGGGUGCAGAGCGUCAGUCUGAGGCUCUGCUGAAAGGCCUCGCCCCAACCCUGCUGCCAGCUGCGCCCCAUCUCUGGACCCCCUCCAAGAAGGACAGGGAGCCGAGGCAGCGGGGAAAGCCCACGGCUCAGCCAUGAGAACACAAAUCGAAGUGAUCCCCUGCAAAAUCUGUGGGGACAAGUCGUCUGGGAUCCACUACGGGGUCAUCACCUGUGAGGGGUGCAAGGGCUUCUUCCGCAGAAGCCAGCACUGCAACGUGGCCUACUCCUGCACCCGGCAGCGGAACUGCCCCAUCGACCGCACGAGCCGAAACCGGUGCCAGCACUGCCGCCUGCAGAAAUGCCUGGCGCUGGGCAUGUCCCGAGACGCCGUCAAGUUUGGCCGCAUGUCCAAGAAGCAGAGGGACAGCCUGCACGCCGAGGUGCAGAAGCAGCUGCAGCGGCAGCAGCAACAACGGGAGCAGGCGGCCAGGACCUCUCCCUCAGGGGAGCAAGGGGCGGACCCCCUCUCCCGCACCCUGGGGCUCCCAGAUGGGCAGCUGCCCCUCGGCGCCUCGCCUGACCUGCCCGAGGCCUCCGCCUGUCCCCCUGGCCUCCUGAGAGCCCCCGGCUCUGGCCCCGGGUCCCCCUACUCCAGCAGCUUGGCCAAGGCCGGGCUCAACGGGGCCUUGUACCACCUCGAAUACAGCCCCGAGCGGGGCAAGGCUGAGGGCAGAGCGAGCGCCUACAGCUUGGGCAGCCAGCUGACCCCUGACAGAUGUGAACUUCGUUUUGAGGCCCCCAGGCAUCCUGGGCUGGGGGCGCCAGGGCAGAGCCCGGACAGCUACUGCAGCCCCGGUAUCCACAGCACCCCAGAGGUGCCCUAUGCCUCGCUGACAGGGAUCGAGCACUUGGUGCAAAACGUAUGCAAGUCCUACCGAGAAACGUGCCAGCUGAGGCUGGAGGACCUGCUGCGGCAGCGCCCCCACCUCUUCUCGCGGGAGGAGGUGGCGGGCUACCAGAGGAAGUCCACGUGGGAGAUGUGGGAGCGCUGUGCGCGCCGCCUCACCGAGGCCAUCCAGUACGUGGUGGAGUUCGCCAAGAGGCUCUCGGGCUUCAUGGAGCUCUGCCAGAAUGACCAGAUCGUGCUGCUCAAAGCAGGAGCCAUGGAAGUGGUGCUGGUGAGGAUGUGCCGGGCCUACAACGCCGACAACCACACCGUCUUUUUCGAAGGCAAAUACGGUGGCGUGGAGCUGUUCCGAGCCUUGGGCUGCGGCGAGCUCAUCAGCUCCAUCUUUGACUUCUCCCGCUCCCUGAGUGCCCUGCGCCUCUCCGAGGACGAGAUUGCCCUGUAUACAGCCCUCGUCCUCAUCAAUGCCAGCCGGCCGGGGCUCCAAGAGAAAAGGAAAGUAGAACAGCUGCAGUACAACCUGGAGCUGGCUUUUCACCAUCAUCUCUGCAAGACGCAUCGCCAAGGCAUCCUGGCAAAGCUGCCGCCCAAGGGGAAGCUCCGGAGCCUGUGCAGCCAGCACGUGGAGAAGCUGCAGACCUUCCAGCACCUGCACCCCAUCGUGGUCCAAGCCGCCUUCCCCCCGCUCUACAAGGAGCUCUUCAGCACUGAAAUCGAGUCGCCCGAGGGACUGUCCCAGUGACCUGGAAGAGGGGCUUCUUCCCCAGAGCCUGCCGCGCCCCCACCCGCACCCUCCCGCCCUCAGCCUUUGCCUUUCCCAUAACCCUCUCCCCCGGAGGGUGGUCCCUGCCCGUCCUGUGGGACCGAGCAAAUG